AUGAAGAAAGUAAAUAAAGUUAUGAGCGAUAGGGCUAGGGCGUACCCCACAGGCGACGCGCAGGAGCAGCACCCGGCUCCUGUGGGAAAUGGACAAGGGUUGUCGCACCAAAACGGGCGGGUGCGACGUAAGAUGCAAGCUCAAAGUGUGAGAGAAUUGAGAUUGAGUGACGGCAAGAGAAAUGGUGUGGGUAUAGUUUUGGACAACAGGCUGAAAGAAUGUGUAGUAGAUGUUAAAAGAAUGAAUGAUAGACUAAUAGCGGUUAAAUUAAUUGUGGACGGCAAGGCCAUAAACGUGAUAAGUGUUUAUGCGCCGCAGUCAGGCUGCGAGGAGAGUGUAAAGGAGAAGUUUUGGGAGGACUUUGACUGCUUGAUGAUGAAUGUACAGGAUAGUGAGGAAGUCUAUGUGGGUGGGGAUUUUAAUGGUCACGUAGGAAGACUGAGCGAUGGAUAUGAGAGAGUGCAUGGUGGUAGGGGUUUUGGAACCCGGAAUGCAAGCGGCGAGACAUUACUUCAAGCUGCCAGUGCCUUCGACCUGGCCAUAACAAACACGUGGUUCAAUAAACGAGAGGAGCACCUCGUGACAUAUAAGAGCGGCCACCACGCGACACAGAUAGAUUACUUUCUAGUGAAGCGGAGUAGUCUAUGCUGUGUCAAAAACUGCAAAGUGCUGCCAGGCGAAGCACUAGUCACUCAGCACCGACUUGUGAUUCUGGAUGUCAAAGUGACUGUGUUGCCCAAAAGCAACAAAGAUCGGCCCCCUCCAAGGAUUAGAUGGCGUAUGCUAGAGAAGGAAGAAUGUGCUGAUGUAUUUAGGAGUCAGGUUGUGGACAAAAUUUCAGAAAUGAAGGAGAUGGAAGGUGAUGUGAAUGAAUGUUGGAGUGAAAUGGCAAGCCAUAUAAGGGAAGUCGCAAAAGACGUGUGCGGAGAGUCGAGAGGAAAAGGUUUGAUAGAUAGAGAUACAUGGUGGUGGAAUGAUGAGGUACAAAAGGUUUUGAAAGAAAAGAAAGUAGCAUUCAAAGAGUGGCAGAAUGUUGAAAUAGUGAAUGCAAGUCUGAAGGAUGACAGAAAGAGAAUCUACAUGGAAUGGAAGAGGAAAGCAAAGAAGGCGGUAGCAGUUGCCAGAGCUAAGGCGCAGGAGAGGUUGUACAACUCCCUGGACAGUCCAAGAGGCCAAAAAGAGCUCUACCGUAUUACGAAAGAGAGAGAAAGACGAUCGAGGGACAUAACCCACAUAAAAUGCAUGAAAGAUGAAUCUGGCAAGGUUUUAUGUAAAGAUGAGGAAAUAAAAGAGAUAUGGAAGGUUUAUUUUGAAAAGCUUAUGAAUGAAGAGAAUGUUUGGAAUGGAAUACUCCAAGAGGCACAAGUAAAUAAGGGAUUGGUAAGAGAAAUUAGCAUGGAUGAGGUUGAAAGAGCGCUUGGAAGUGUGAAAAAUGGAAAGGCCUUGGGCCCUGAUGAUAUACCAGCUGAAGUAUGGAAGGUAUUAAAGAGGAACGGAUGUAUGUGGCUAACUUUAUUCUUCAAUAAGUUGCUGCAUGAAGAAGUCAUCCCGCAAGAAUGGUGCAGUAGUUCGCUAGUGCCCAUCUUCAAGAAUAAAGGGGAUGUGCAAGAUUGCGGCAACUAUAGAGGGAUAAAGCUCAUGUCGCAUACUAUGAAGAUCAACCAGUAA